CAUUAGUGUAGAGGAGUACAUUUUGUUGCUGUUGCAGGAUUUCCUUCCAGCAUUUCCCAAGUAAAAUUCCGUGUUUUUUUGGUGGGCUUGUUUUUGUUUCUGUUUUCAGUUUGGUAAGACGCGUGAAUUGUUCACGCAGAACCUUUCCUGCACACGUUGUACAAAUUGAAGGCAACCAGCGGAGCCAGAUUUUUUUUCCCUCUUAUGGAACUGUAGCUUGGAAUGUACUUUUUUGAGGGGGGAAAGAUGCAAGGAGACGGCUGCAAACCUUCGCCUACAACUGCAAAGCUCUCAGAGGAUAGUGAAUUGUAAGGGGGGAGAAAGCGGAGUGGUAUUGGAACAUGACAAAAUCAGAUCUAUGCUGUGCAGCGUGAGAGUACAGGACAGUUCUAGAUCUUGGAUUGCAGAUGUGAGCAUUUAUGACAAAAGACAGUUGCCUAGUUCUAGGUUUAAAACAUCCAAUUCUGAUACAUUAUGUUUUGUAUUUUUUUGAAACAAUGAAACAUCGGAUUUUCUAUCUCGCUCAAACAUCUUCUACUCAUAAUCAUUGAUUGUGCUAAGAGUCUUAUUUUUAUUUUUUCCCUAAGGGAGAUUUGGUUGAACGAAACUGGAAUCAAAGUCCCUUUUCCUGUGCUUUGAUAUUUUUUUCUUUUUUUGGAUGGGGGGGUGAUUUUGUUCCAAAAAGUAAAUAUGCAGCAUAUUUAAAGAGGCAAGGAAGUAUGACUAUGAGCAACUGCAAAAUUCCCACAUCGACAAGUAUCUCUCACGUCUCUUGAUGCUCAACCUUUAUACGUACAAAUAUGAUGAAAUGGCAGCCCAGGAAGAAGGCAUACUUCAGACAGGGUGUUGCCCUUCAGUAUCUUGGGCGCCAUGCAGAUGCCCUGGCUGCGUUUGCGUCCGGGUUGGCACAGGACCCCAAGAGUUUACAGCUACUGCUUGGAAUGGUGGAAGCGGCAAUGAAAUCACCCAUGAGAGAAUCUCUGGAACCUACUUAUCAGCAACUUCAGAAGAUGAAACUGGACAAAAGCCCCUUUGUGGUGGUGUCAGUGAUCGGUCAAGAACUUCUGACAUCAGGACAUCAUGGUGCCUCUGUGGUUGUGUUAGAAGCUGCACUGAAAAUUGGGACUUGCAGUCUAAAACUGAGGGGCUCUGUGUUUUCUGCCCUGAGCAGUGCUUAUUGGUCUCUUGGGAACACAGAGAAAAGUACAGGAUAUAUGCAACAAGAUCUGGAUGUAGCAAAGACUUUAGGUGACCAGACGGGAGAAUGCCGAGCCUAUGGGAAUCUGGGAUCUGCAUUCUUUUCCAAAGGAAAUUUUCGGGAGGCACUUACUAACCACAGACAUCAGCUAGUUCUUGCCAUGAAGCUAAAGGAGAGAGAGGCAGCAUCAUCUGCCUUAAGCAGUUUGGGCCAUGUCUACACUGCAAUUGGUGACUACCCCAACGCACUGGCAAGCCACAAGCAGUGUGUUCUCCUGGCUAAACAAUCCAAAGAUGAACUGUCUGAAGCACGAGAACUGGGGAAUAUGGGAGCCGUCUACAUUGCAAUGGGGGACUUUGAAAAUGCUGUUCAUUGCCAUGAACAACAUUUAAAGAUUGCAAAGGAUCUUGGAAACAAGCGUGAAGAAGCCCGGGCAUACAGUAACCUUGGCAGUGCCUAUCAUUACAGAAGGAACUUUGACAAGGCGAUGUCUUACCACAACCAUGUAUUAGAACUUGCACAGGAAUUAUCAGAAAAGUCUAUUGAGAUGCGAGCCUAUGCAGGCUUAGGGCAUGCUGCACGAUGUAUGCAAGAUUUGGAGAGGGCAAAACAGUACCAUGAACAGCAGCUAUGCAUUGCAGAAAGUCUCAAAGAUCGGGCAGCAGAGGGAAGAGCUUCUUCAAAUUUAGGGAUAAUUCAUCAGAUGAAAGGAGAAUUUGAUACUGCACUAAAAUUACAUAAAACUCACCUUUCGAUUGCCCAGGAAUUGAAUGAUUAUGCGGCCCAGGGUAGGGCAUAUGGAAACAUGGGAAAUGCUUACAAUGCCCUUGGGAUGUACGACCAAGCUGUCAAAUACCAUCGACAAGAACUUCAGAUUUCUAUGGAGGUUAAUGACAGAGCCUCUCAAGCGUCCACUCAUGGGAAUUUAGCGGUGGCCUAUCAGGCUUUAGGUGCUCAUGACAGAGCUUUGCAGCACUACCAAAACCAUCUAAAUAUUGCUCGAGAACUAAGAGACAUUCAAAGUGAAGCUCGAGCGCUUGGCAAUCUUGGAAAUUUCCAUUGCUCUCGGGGUGAAUACAUGCAGGCCGUACCCUUCUAUGAACAGUAUUUGAGACUAUCGCCUGACCUGCAGGACAUGGAAGGAGAAGGCAAAGUGUGCCACAAUCUUGGUUAUGCCCAUUAUUGCCUCGGGAAUUACCAGGAAGCUGUAAAAUAUUAUGAACAGGAUCUAGCGCUAGCAAAGGAUCUCCAUGACAAACUAAGCCAGGCCAAGGCAUAUUGCAAUUUGGGCCUUGCAUUUAAGGCAUUAAUGAACUAUAAUAAAGCAGAAGAUUGCCAGAAAUACCUUUUGUCUUUGGCACAGUCUUUGAAUAAUUCUCAAGCAAAGUUCCGUGCUCUUGGGAACCUUGGUGAUAUUUUUGUUGCUAAGAAAGAUAUAAAUGGUGCAAUAAAGUUUUACGAGCAGCAGUUGAGUUUAGCCCAUCAAGUCAAAGACAGACGGCUAGAGGCCAGCGCAUAUGCUGCUUUAGGUAGUGCUUACAGAAUGAUACAAAAAUAUGACAAAGCUUUGGGAUAUCAUACACAAGAGCUUGAGGUGUUUCAAGAAUUAAAUGAGUUAUCGGGAGAAUGUAGAGCUCACGGUCACCUUGCUGCAGUAUAUAUGUCCCUUGAGAAGUACACCAUGGCAUUUAAGUGCUAUGAGGAACAACUUGAGCUGGGGCAGAAGCUUAAAGACCCUGCAAUAGAAGCUCAGGUAUAUGGCAAUAUGGGAAUCACCAAAAUGAACAUGAAUGUCAUGGAGGAGGCUAUUGGCUAUUUUGAACAACAGUUAGCAAUGUUACAGCAGUUAAGCGGAAAUGACUCGAUACUAGACAGAGGCCGAGCCUACGGAAACCUGGGGGAUUGUUAUGAUGCACUUGGUGAUUAUGAAGAAGCAAUAAAAUAUUAUGAGCAGUAUUUAUCUGUAGCUCAGAGCCUAAAUCGCCUACAAGAUCAAUCCAAAGCAUAUAGGGGACUUGGAAAUGGACACAGGUCCAUGGGAAAUUUACAGCAGUCACUUGUAUGCUUUGAAAAGAGACUUGUGGUUGCUCAUGAACUUGGGGAAACAUCAAACAAAGCCCAGGCAUAUGGAGAACUGGGAAAUUUGCACAGUCAGCUAGGAAAUUAUGAGCAAGCGAUAUCCUGUCUAGAACGUCAACUAAAUAUUGCCAGGGAAAUGAAAGACCAGAUACUGGAGAGUGAUGCGGCCUGUGGUCUGGGUGGGGUGUAUCAGCAGAUGGGAGAAUAUGACACCGCAUUAGAGUACCAUCAGCUGGACUUGCAGAUAGCAGAAGAAACCAACAAUCCUUCUUGCCAAGCUCGGGCCUAUGGAAAUCUGGGACUUACCUAUGAAUCUCUGGGUAACUUUGAGCGAGCUGUGGUCUAUCAGGAGCAGCACCUUAGCAUUGCAGCGGAAAUGAAUGACCUGGUGGCAAAGACCAUAGCUUAUAGUAGCUUAGGGAGGACUCACCAUGCUUUGCAGAACUACUCACAAGCAGUCAUGUACUUACAAGAGGGCUUGAGGUUAGCAGAACAGCUGGCCCGCAGAGAGGAUGAAGCAAAAAUUAGACACCGCCUUGGACUUUCACUUUGGGCAAGUGGAAACUUGGAAGAAGCUCAACACCAGCUUUACAGAGCUUCAGCGUUAUUUGAAACAAUAAGACACGAAGCCCAGCUCAGCACGGACUAUAAGCUCUCGCUCUUUGAUCUGCAGACGUCGUCAUACCAGGCACUGCAGCGCGUGCUCAUCAGUCUUGGACAUCACGAUGAGGCUUUAGCAGUUGCAGAAAGAGGAAGAACACGGGCUUUUGCUGAUCUUCUUGUUGAACGGCAAACUGGACAGCAAGAAUCUGACCCUUACUCCCCUGUGACAAUUGACCAAAUUCUAGAGACUAUAAACAGUCAAAGAGGAUUGGUGCUCUACUUUUCAUUAGCUGCUGGCUAUCUUUACAGCUGGCUACUUGCCCCUGGUUUAGGAAUUUUAAAGUUUCAUGAAUACUAUUUGGGAGACACGUCAUUGGAAAAUGCCAGUGAUUUCUCUGAAUCUGGAAGUAUGAAUUUUCCAGUGUCAAAUAGUUCAGUACUGGAGCAAUACAUUGCAAAUGUCCGUGAGACCUUAGGAGUGGACUCUUACUACACAAGGACUUGUGCAAGCAGCGAAACAGAAAGUGAGGCUGGAGAUUAUAUGGACCAGCAAUAUGAUGACCUUAACAAUAAAAUAAACUCUGUAACAGACCCAACUGGAUUCCUCAGGAUGGUUAGCAGAAAUAACACUUUCAACAGAAGCUGCCAAAGUAUGACAAGCCUGUUCAGUAACACCAUGUCACCUGUGAAGGACAACACCUCUUCUCUGCCUCGAAAAGAAAGCUCUAUUAACAAGCCGCCUUUACGGGCCCUCUAUGACUUGCUGCUGGCACCAAUGGAAGGGGGUCUUAUGCAUUCCAGUGGUCCUGUGGGUAGGCACCGGCAGCUGGUGCUCGUCUUAGAGGGAGAGCUGUACCUCAUUCCAUUUGCUCUCUUAAAAGGAAGCUCAUCAAAUGAGUAUCUAUAUGAGCGCUUCUCUCUGAUUGCUGUUCCUUCCAUCCGAUCUUUGAACAUCAAUUCCAAGGCUCACUUGCGGAAGAAUGCUCUAUUAUAUUCAAAUUCUACCUCAAUGGCUGCUGUUAUAGGAAAUCCUAAACUUCCACCAUCAGUGAUGGACAGAUGGCUGUGGGGUCCAAUGCCUUCAGCAGAAGAAGAAGCCUACAUGGUGUCGGAAUUGCUAGGAUGUCAACCUCUUGUUGGCAAUUUAGCUACAAAAGACAAGGUCAUGAGUGCACUCACACAGGCUGAAUGCGUCCACUUUGCCACCCAUGUCUCCUGGAAACUUGCAGCUCUAAUACUAACCCCAAACAGUGAGAAUAGCUCUGGUACAAACAAAAGCACCUUUGGAAACACCUAUACCAUUCCUGAGUCUUUACAAAUGCAGGACGAUGCCAGUGACGUAGAAAGUAUAUCAGACUGUCCGCCUCUCCAGGAAUUCCUUCUGACAGCCGCAGAUGUCCUGGAUCUCCGGCUCCCUGUUAAAUUAGUAGUUCUUGGAUCGUACCAGGAAUCCAGCAACAAAGUUACAGCAGAUGGAGUUAUUGGCCUGACACGAGCCUUCUUGGCUGCUGGGGCACAGUGUGUUCUUGUUUCUCUUUGGCCUGUUCCUGUGGCAGCUUCAAAAAUGUUUGUUCAUGCCUUUUACUCGUCGCUCCUAAAUGGAAUGAAAGCAAGUGCAUCGCUCUCAGAGGCAAUGAAAACAGUGCAGAGCAGUAAGCAAUACUCGCAUCCAUCAAACUGGGCAGGAUUCAUGCUCAUUGGAAAUGAUGUGAAGCUCAACAGUCCAUCAUCACUGAUUGGUCAAGCCUUAUCUGAGAUUCUCCAGAACCCUGAGCGCGCUAGAGAUGCCCUAAGGGUUUUACUGCAUCUGGUUGAAAAGUCUUUACAGAGGAUUCAGAAUGGACAACGCAAUUCCAUGUACACUUCCCAACAGAGUGUGGAGAAUAAAGUUGGAGGAAUACAAGGCUGGCAGUCACUGUUAAUGGCUGUAGGAUUUCGACUUGAUCCGCCAGCAAGUGGCCUUCCCGCAGCAGUCUUUUUCCCUACAUCUGACCCUGGUGAUCGUCUACAACAAUGCAGUACAACCAUACAAUCUCUCUUAGGCUUGCCUCAUUCAGCACUUCAGGCUCUUUGUAAACUCAUCACUGCUUCAGAAAUUGGAGAACAACUCAUAAAUCGGGCUGUUAAAAAUAUGGUUGGAAUGCUUCAUCAGGUCCUCGUUCAGCUACAAACAGAUAAAGAACAUGAUUUCUCAUCAGCUCCAAUCCAAGUGUCUAUCAGCGUCCAGCUGUGGAGAUUGCCUGGAUGCCAUGAAUUUUUAGCAGCUUUAGGAUUUGACCUGUGUGAAGUUGGGCAAGAAGAAGUCAUAUUGAAGACUGGCAAACAAGCCAACAAAAGGACAAUGCAGUUUGCGUUACAAUCACUCCUAGCUCUCUUUGAUUCUACUGAGCUUCCCAAACGCCUUAGUCUUGACAGUUCUUCAUCACUUGAAUCUCUGGCUUCUGCACAGUCUGUGUCCAACCCAAUGUCUCAUGGAUAUCAUGGUCAUCCGUUCUCCCCAACAUGCCCAGAUGGCAUGGCUUCAGAUGCUAUCUCAGUAUACAGUCUAAGUUCAAUAGCAUCAUCAAUGAGUUUUGUCUCUAAAGCAGAUUGUUUAGCGGAAGGAGAACAUAAGAUGCGUCAGGACCAUGACAGAACAAAAAAUAUUUAUUCUCUCAGAAGCUCAGCAAGAGGCCAGUCUUCCCCGCAAAACCAGAUGUCAUUAGGGAAAGAGGAACAGGAAGAGUAUGAUGGGUUUUCUAUAAUAAGCAAUGACCCCCUUCUAUCAUACACAGAAAGCCUUGAUCCUAGCCUCAAACAAGAAAAUGUUCAGGAAACAAUUCAAGUGUCUGUAAACUCUAAAGGCAGCAUAAGCACACCAAAUUCACCAGUAAAACUAGCUCUGAUUCGAAGUCCAAAUUCACCUUUCCAAAAAGUUGGAAAACUUGUAAGCUCUGAUACUGGGGAAUCAGACCAGUCUAGUACUGAAACAGACAGUACAGUGAAAUCCCAAGAAGAGAACAACCCCAAGCUUAAUCCUGAAGAACUUGCUCAAAAGAUUUUAGAGGAGACUCAAAGCCAUCUGAUUGCCGUUGAACGUCUUCAAAGAAGUGGCAGUUUCAAUAAUGCAAGUCCUUCGCCUGAUGGUGCUUCAACUCCAAAUGGCAGCUCUAUGUUCAGGUCAUCAGAAACAAGUGCUUUUAGCAGACCUGUUCAGAAAGGGAUGCCUUCUCCUAUAACUGUGAAACCAAAGCCUCCAACCAGAAGCUCUUCUCUUCAGAAGGUGAGCUCAGGAUAUAAUAGCCCAGCAAACUCUGAAACAUCCCUAAAGGAAGGUACAAGCCCUCACAGUAACCAACCUUCUCCAAGUUCAGAUUCGCCUCAUUUCAAAUUGAAAUAUCCUAGCUCUCCUUACAGUUCUCAUAUUUCAAGAUCUCCUCGAGAUAUAUCUCCAAGCUCAGGUCAUCAAUCUCCAGCAGGUAGUACCUCAUCUCCAGCACUUUCAUACUCUUCUGCUGGAUCCGCUCGGUCCAGCCCUGCUGAUGCUCCGGAUAUAGAUAAAUUAAAACUUGCUUCAAUUGACGAAAAGGUGAAAGCUAUCCACAACCUGAAGAUGUUCUGGACAAAUCACCCUCAGCAUACAUCCGGUCCAAUCAAAAUAUUACGGGGAGCUCCAGGAACAAUGACUUCAAAGAAAGACGUUCUAAGUCUAUUGAACCUGUCUCCACGACAUAGCAAGAAAGAAGAAGCCGUGGAUAAUCUUGAACUAAAAGAAUUGUCUGUUCAGAAGAAACAUGCUGAAACCACACAGCAAAUUCCUCCAAAUGGUCAUAAACACAUGGAAAACAUAAAUGUAGCAAACAUCACUCAGUCAUCAUCAUCACCAUCUAUUAACAUGUCUGGUUCUAUACGCAGUUUAAAACUGUCAUCUGGAAAUGGGUACAAGUUCCUUUCACCUGGGAGAUUUUUUCCUUCUUCAAAGUGUUAAAAUGUCUUUUAUACAACUUUUAAGCCUGUAUUACCAUUUGUAUAUUGUUUGUGUCCAAUUGCCUUCAUAAGUGAGAGACUAAAAUAUUACAUGUGAAGCAGUGGUUAUAAUGGAUAUAAGAAACAUUCAGUCAUAGGAGUUAGAUUUUAAUGAGAAAUUACCUAUGAUUAUAAUUUCAAUCAGUUUUUUAAGAAAAUGACAAUACAAGGGCAGUGAGGUGCACUCAGCUCUAAAAUGGGAUUAUAUUUCUGUGAGAGAAUACUGAAAUUUAUUUAGUCAUUUAUUUUAUUUAUUAUCACUAGUAAGCAGUU